AUUAGACUUUGAUGCCGUCGGCGUUAUCAUCCACAGUCACGAGUGCAUCACGAUCAGCGGAACGCUCCAUUAUCUUAAAACCACCCAACUGCUUGAAGCACCCUUGAGACGAUUCGCUUUGGUUUGGGGGAAGAAUAUAGCUGCCGUUCAGUUGCCCGCAGACGUUCAGACAGUGUCGAAGAUGUACCGAACAAUCAGCCUCCUGCUGAUACUAGCCACCGUACUCGGUGUUGCGCUAGGAUCCUCCCUAAACGAUGAAUGUGAUAGUGAUAAACGACUUCAUCCGAGGCUACCCGACGAAACGCUGAAGAAGCUACCGAAGAACAAGAAUGCCGAACAAGAGGAAACGAUCGAGUACUGGAGAAGCCAGGCAAAGGCGACGGUCGAAAAGCUGCGGGAGAAGAAGGAAAACACAAACAUCGCCAAGAAUGUCAUCAUGUUUCUGGGUGAUGGAAUGUCCAUCUCGACCGUGGCGAUGGCACGAGUCUAUGCCGGCGGUGAAGAGAUUCCACUGUCGUUCGAAAAGUUCCCGUACAUCGGAAUGUCGAAGACGUACUGCGUGAACUAUCAGGUGGCCGAUUCGGCCUGCACAGCGACCGCCUAUCUGACCGGUGUGAAGGGCAAUUACGAGACGAUCGGUGUGAAUGCGCACGUGCCGGUGCGUGACUGUGAGGCUGGCCGGAACCGUAGCACGCACACCACCUCCAUCGGACAUUGGGCGAUGGAUGCGGGAAAGGAUGCUGGCAUAGUCACGACGACACGCGUCACGCACGCAUCCCCCUCGGGUAUGUACGCGCACAUUGCGUUCCGGGACUGGGAGGACGAUUACUGGGUCAGGCAGGAUGGUUGCGAUGCGGAACGGGUAGAUGAUAUCGCGGAACAGUUGGUGUACGGUGACACGGCACCUAGGAUGCGAGUGAUUUUGGGCGGUGGACGACGUGAGUUUAUGGAUCGUGAUGCUCAUGCGGAUUACGAAACGGGCAGAGGAGGAUAUCGGUCGGAUGGGCGGCAUUUGAUCAACGAGUGGCUCCGGAAUGGUCCGGUCGGAGAGAAUCGGACAUUUGUGUGGAAACGAUCGGAUCUGCUAGCGGUGGAUCCUCACCGUACGGAUAGGCUGCUCGGUAUGUUCGAACCAAGCCAUUGUGCGUACAAUUUGGACAAGGUGCACAAAAACCUCGACGAAGAACCGACGCUAUCGGAGAUGGUGGACAAGGCGACCGAUAUCCUUAGCACCAAUCCGAACGGGUUCUUCCUGUUCGUGGAGGGUGGUCGCAUCGAUCACGGACAUCAUGACAAUCAGGCGCGAUACGCCAUUGAUGAAACGGUGGAGUUCGCCAAAGCGAUAGAGCUGGCGCGCAACAAGUUCAGCGAGGAAGACACGCUGAUCGUGGUGACCUCCGAUCACUCACACAGUGUCAGCUUCUCAGGGUACCCGAAUCGUGGGAAUGACAUCUUCGGGACGGCGGGUACCGGUAAGGAUGGAAUACCGUACAUGACGAUCAGCUAUGCAAACGGGCUUGGGUUCAACAAGCACGUCGAUCUAGUGAAGGGACAGCGUGCCAAUGUGCGCAACAUGCCGGAUGCCGGUGAGGAUAACUUUGAAUUUCCGGCCACGCUGCCAGUCGAGCUGGAAACGCACGGUGGUGAGGAUGUGGCCGUGUACGCCUCAGGACCGUGGUCGCAUCUAUUCACCGGGUCGUACGAACAAAACGUCAUCCCGCAUAUGAUGGCGUAUGCUUCGUGCAUUGGCAAUGGGCUGAAGGCUUGUAAGAAUUAAUUAUUCUCAGGAAUUGAAUAUCUAAUAAAGUAUUAAAAUUAUGUGAUCGUAA